AUGAUCUACGGAUUUUUCGUCAUUAACGAGAACGGUGACAUCCGCCUUGCUCGUGCUUAUGUCGAAAUGAGCCAAGAGACAAGAAAUCGCCUUGCUCAUGAAGUUUUCAGAAUGGUUUCCACUCGUGCAUCAAACCUUUGCAACAUUCUUCCAGGUGAUGGCAUUACAAGUUACGAAUUUCAACGCAAAGUUUCUAUCGUCUACCGUGCCUAUGCUUCAUUGUUUGUUAUUACAGUUGUUGAUGAAUGCGAAAACCCAUUAGCUAUGUUAGACAUUAUUCAUACAUUCGUUGAAGUUCUUAACGGAUGCUUCAAGGAUGUUUCUGAAGUUCAGUUGGCUUUCAACCCAGAUAAAGCUUUACAAGUUCUUGAUUCAUUAAUCAACGGAGGUUUGAUUUUCGAAACCCAAACAGAUGUUGCUUUAUCUCGCCUUGCUGAAGAAAAUGCACAGGAUAAGCGUUUUGGUAUUAAAAUGAAUAUCCCUGCAAAAUAA